UUGGAUUUGUGUUCCUUGGCAACAAAAGGACACCUGUCCGGUUGUUGAAGACGAUAAAGCAAUUUUUAAUGAUUUGACAACAGACCGAUCGAAAUCUACAGAAUCCAGUGCAGAUGUGGCACAAAAUUAACCUGACAAAAUGACUGACAUCUUAUGUAGAUGGCUCAAUAAUGAGCUUUCCCUUACUAAACCUGUUGACCAGCAAAGUUUUGCUAGAGAAUUUGCUUCAGGUUAUCUUAUUGGAGAAGUUCUAAAUAAAUAUCAACUUCAAGAUGACUUUGACCAAUUCUCACAGAACACGCAAUCAGAUGCAAAGCUCAAUAAUUUCACACGCUUGGAACCAAGCCUGCAUUUGCUGGCCAUUCCAUUCGACACAAAUUUGGCUAGAGAUAUUAUGACAGAACGACAUGGGGUAGCUACAAGACUGAUGUAUCAACUAUAUAUUGCUCUAAAUAACAAAAAGAAGGCUAACCUUACUGGUGUUGCUAUGGAAACAAUGAGGCCAGCUGCCCCAGCAAAACUAAAUGCUUAUGAAAGUUUGAUGUACAAAGAAAGAUUAAAACAAAAAACUCCAAGGCAGACAGAUUUAAACCUUGAUGCCCUAGUAGCACGUUUCCAUGAUAAACAAAUAGCCAUGGAGAAAAUAGAAUUUGAGAAGAGGUUUGUUGAGCAAGAGCGAAUCCAGAUUGAACAGCAGAAUCAAAGACUAGCUCUUUUAGAGAGAUCACGUAUCAUGAAAGCUAAACAAAGUGAAAUGGUGGCCAAGAUUCAGGCAGCUACAGUACAUAUUCCUCGGCCACCACCAAAUAAAACAUUAAAAGCUAUUCAGAUUAGAAAAGACAACAAAACAAAAAGGGAAGCUUUGGAAACUAUGAAAUCAAUAGCUGAUUUUGAAGAUCAAAUGAAAUUGAUAUUACCUCCUUCCAAACUUGACGAUAAUUCCAGUGUGAGUGAGUCAAUAGAUCUGCAGUAUUUUACUACUAAUGAAGAUGAUAAAGAUAUAACAGAAGCUAUAGACUUGAUCAUGCCAGCACCAAAUGAUGAUUAUAUCAAUAAAAUUAGAACAAGAUUACAAGAAGAUGCAUCUGCUAGGGAAGAAAGAGAGAAAAGAAGGAGAAAGGUUUUAGUGGAUCAAAUGACAGCUCAUGAAAACCAGGAGGUACAUCAUGCACUGUUUUUUUAA